AUCAGUGCGAGGGAGUCGUCGAUACGUCUCUCUCUUUCCCCCCGCUUGAGCUAGCCGCACUUUCUUCGGCGGAUAGAUUACUGACCGUCGACGCGCGGUGCGCAUGCGUUAACUGUGUCAAUCCAAAGAGUGAAAUCACUCUCUCCGCAUAACCUCAAAAUAACAAAAAGUGCUCAAAAUGACAAUCUCUAUUGGAAAUUCGGAUAUUAUCGUGAUAGUCCUUGGCUUGUACGUGGCCAAACGUAUCUACGAUGUGCUGUAUACGUUUGUUAUCGGCCCCGCCAUAAAUAAAGUGGAUUUCAAAUCGAAAGGGAAAUGGGCAUUGGUCACCGGCUGCACGGACGGGAUCGGGAAGCAGUACGCAAGGGAGUUGGCCGCACGAGGCUGUGAUAUUGUUCUAGUCAGCAGAUCGUUGGAGAAACUAAACGCAACAGCUGCGGAAAUAGAGAAGGAAUACAGAGUCAACACGAAGAUAGUCCAAGUGGACUUUAGUGAGGAAGAGGGAAUCUAUGAGAAGAUCGCGAACGAAGUCUCCGGCCUGGAGAUCGGCACUCUCGUUAACAAUGUGGGAGUGUCCUAUCCUUUCCCACAAUACUACUUGGACAUUCCGGAUAGGGACAAAUUGAUGACUACUAUGCUCAGAGCGAACAUAGUCUCGGUAACUCGAGUGACGGCCAUCGUCAUGCCGGGGAUGGUGGAGAGGGGAAAGGGAGUGGUCAUCAACAUUGGCUCCGUGUCGUCGUACACGCCGAGCCCUUUGCUGACAGCUUACGCUGCUUCGAAGGCAUUCGUCAACAAAUUCACAGAAGGCUUGGAUAUGGAAUACAGUAAAAAGGGGAUCAUAUUCCAAUGCGUGUCUCCUGGAUUUGUCUGUACGAACAUGAGCGGUAUUCGAAGGGAUACCCUCACCGCUCCUACCGCGGAGAGGUUCGUCAAAUCAGCCAUAAGUCUCGUCGGAACCACCUCCCAAACAACGGGAUACUUCCCCCAUUCCGUCUUCUUCGGGAUCAUGAAUGCGAUCAACUCGAUUUCACCACGAUUCUGCAACUGGCUCGUCACAAGAAAUAUGGAAAUCAGCCUCAACAGAGCCCUCAAAAAGUACAAAAAACAGUAAUUUUUAAUACUUUGAGCUCAGAAGUGGGUUGUCAAAAAUUAAUAAGGAAACACUAGUCUGCUUUGUAAUACACGCUUUUAAUACUUGCUUAAAAAUGUUCUUGAUUUUGAAAAGUGUACAGAUUCGUUAACUGAAUUGGCAGUUUGAGGUUCUAAGGAAAUUGGUCAUGUCUUUUACGGUACAACGGUAAUCGUAAGAAAACAUUAUAUUCUAAUAACACAUACAUAAUUUUGUAAUACCAACUUUAAUUAUGCACAAACUGCUAAUAAUUUAAUAUCUGGCUGUUUUCUAAAGUUACUUAUUUGACAAAUAUUUGCUGUAGAAAGCUGCGUGGAAUUUAGUACUAAAUAUCUUUUAACUUUUAUAGUAUGAAAUGUAAAUAUCUACUAACUUUCUAUUGUACAAUAUAUUUCACGGAUUCCUUUUUCCCUCUUUAUCACGAUUAUAAUUAUUUAACAUAGAA